UUUGAUGAGUUGACAAGGACAGCUUCAUGGUCUCACUCAAAACCCAAACCAAAGAUUGUUAGUGAGUCACUGUCAGCUUAUUAGUCUCAUUCUCAGCCCCCACAAACAUCCUCUGCACCAAUCACAACUCAACCCUUUUGACUAUCUCUCUCCUCUUCUCUGUUCCAUAGAUCGCUGUCUUUCAAUCACUUCACACAUUUCUCUUCACUCCUACCACUCUCUGCACUGCACACACCUCACACCCACUUAUAUUUCUCUUCAAAUCUCUACCUUUUUGCUUUUCCCAGUUGCCCCCUCUUUACUGUUUUUGCUUCUACCAAAGAUUCUACCACCAAUACUCCAAUACCACUUAGAUACGUGUAUCUUAUAUGCACUUCACAGCCCUACCAAUUAUUGAGUGUCACUCUAUAAUUUUCAUAUGGGUUUAGCCUUUUCUUUUCUCCUUUGGUUGCUAUGCUGAUUGUUUCCUCUUCUCUUAGAUCUGAAGAGUUUCUUCUGGGUUUAUGCUUUGCCCCUCAUUGAUUCUCUUCAGUUUUCGAACAAAGUCUCUUUGGAUUUGGAUUCCUUUGUCCAAUAUAAGCUCCUAUCCUGUGCAUUCCUAUCUCGGUGAGAUCAUGAAUAGGGCAAUUGAAGUACUGUCUCCAGCCUCCUAUCUCCAAAAUUCCAACUGGUUGUUCCAGGAAAGCCAGGGAGGAGGAUGGACUGCGGAAGAGAACAAGCUGUUUGAGAAUGCUUUGGCUUACUAUGAUAAGGACACCCCUGAUAGAUGGAUGAUGGUGGCAGCCAUGAUUCCUGGGAAAACUGUUGGUGAUGUGAUCCAACAGUACAGAGAGCUUGAGGAAGAUGUGAGUGUCAUUGAAGCAGGUUUGAUUCCAGUUCCUGGCUAUACUACCAGUUCUUUCACAUUGGAGUGGGUUAACAGUCAAAGCUAUGACGAGUUCAAGCACUUUUGUACUGUUGGUGGGAAAAGGGGUGCAUCCACUAGGCCAUCUGAGCAGGAAAGGAAGAAAGGAGUGCCAUGGACUGAAGAAGAGCACAGGCAAUUUCUGCUUGGUCUGAAGAAGUAUGGUAAAGGGGAUUGGAGAAACAUUUCAAGGAACUUUGUGACCACAAGGACACCUACCCAGGUUGCAAGUCAUGCUCAGAAGUACUUCAUCAGGCAGCUUACAGGGGGGAAGGACAAGAGGAGAUCCAGUAUCCAUGACAUCACAAUGGUCAAUCUCCAAGAAACAAAAUCUCCUUCAUCAGACACUACCAGGCCUUCUUCACCCCUACAGAAUCAGAAAUUGUCUAGCAUGGUUAAGCAGGAAUAUGAUUGGAAAUCGCCAUGUGAUGACAUGCCUUUUGUUUUCAAUUCAACAAAUGGAAACAUGUUCAUGGCAGCACCACUGCAUGGGAUUUCUUCAUAUGAAUCUAGACCACAGGAGCAUAAUAUACUUAGACAAUCCCAUGGAUGCCAGUUUUCACCUUGUGAUACCAGUGUGCAAAUGCAAUUGAUGCAACGUCAAUGAUCUGUGCAUCUCAUUCAGGGUAUAGAGUUUUGAAGGUACUAAAAGUUUGAAUUUGAACCCUUUUCAGCGAUGUUGGAUUGCUUCAUAGAUAGUUUGUGUGAAUAUGUUGAGGAGGGACUGGAGUUAGUCCUUAGUAACUAGAAUGUAUGUAGAGAUUAGUUGGAAUCUUGUUCUGAUAUUAAGAUUCUGAAACUAGUCUGUCUGAGGAGUUGAGUUUGGUGAUGUGUAAUAUGAUCUUCAGAAUACAUGUUUGGUAAUUUGAUUGUAGCUAGAUGGAAAGCUUGAGUGAGCUUUCAUCUGAUGUUCAUCUUCCCAUACAGGCAAGAGUUCUCUGCAGAUUGCCCUGAGGAAGAGCAGUUAUCUCUUACCUUUUUGAAAGAUGCUUCAAAUAAAUAUUGAGUUCCAAGUU